CGAAGCUUCAAGCUUCAAGCCGGCGCACCGUCAUGGCUGCUGCUCCCGAGCCCCAGUACGGAGGCUACUCUCGCUUCGAGCUGGAACUCGAGUUUGUGCAGUGCCUUGCGAAUCCCGCCUAUCUUCAUUACCUGGCCCGCCAGAAGCUGCUCGAGAAGCCAGAGUUUGUCGCCUAUCUCGCCUACCUGCAAUACUUCAAAGAACCACAAUACAUCAAGCAUCUCCAACAUCCUGGCCCGACGCUCAGAGCCCUCGAGCUGCUGCAGCAGGAGCGAUUCCGCAAGGACAUUGCAGAUCUCAAUGUGCUCAACUUCAUGACCAUACAAUGGCUGGAGAAUGCCAUUCCCCCAAGGGCAGAGUGAGCACCGUGCUAGCUCUGUCUGUCUUCAGGCCCGUCUUCGACCCAGCGUCAGAGGUAGGGCGUACGCAGGAAACUCAGGCCGACCGUUGUUUCAUACACACCAUAGUAUGAGGUCAGCAUGAGUACGCAAUUCCACACAGUACUGUCUACUGUGUACUGUGUGCUACGAAACAUUCCAUCUCAUCAUAGUUAGGAAGGAUCGGCACCGAAAUCUUUUGACGGUUCAGGGAAGCAUACAGUAUACAGUAGGCGUGAAACGGUCAAUCGGCAAGAGUUUGGAAAUAUAAAAAGAGGCUCUUAGCGACGAAAGUACAUGAAGUAGGCUAUUCCUGUGUGGUCACCUAGGUACUCCUGGCAGCUAAAUACACUGCUAGCUUCGACUUGCUUCCUGAAGCGGACAAGCUUGCACCGCC